GCGCAUGCGCCGAGCCGGCAACCCCGGCGUCGGCGGCGGGGAAAUGGCGGCCGCGGGCUUGGUCGCUGUGGCAGCGGCUGCCGAGUACUCCGGCCCGGCCGCGUCGGGAGGAAACCUGCCUGGCGUUCACUGCGGCUCCGGCUCCGGGGCCGGCCCUGGGUCUGGCCCGGGCUCAUGGAGCCGCUCUCUCGACCGAGCCUUGGAGGAGGCGGCGGUCACCGGGGUGCUGAGCCUGAGCGGCCGGAAACUGAGGGAGUUUCCCCGGGGAGCGGCCAACCACGACCUGACGGACACCACCCGGGCGGACCUGUCACGAAAUCGUCUUUCAGAAAUUCCUGUAGAAGCAUGUCACUUUGUUUCUCUUGAAAAUCUCAACUUGUACCAAAAUUGUAUUCGGUAUAUUCCAGAGGCAAUUCUAAACCUACAAGCUUUAACAUUCUUAAAUAUUAGUCGGAACCAACUGUCAACUUUGCCGGUACACCUGUGUAAUUUACCAUUGAAAGUCUUAAUUGCUAGCAAUAACAAAUUGGUGUCACUUCCAGAAGAAAUUGGACACCUCAGACAUUUGAUGGAACUUGAUGUGAGCUGCAAUGAAAUUCAAACUAUCCCUUCCCAAAUUGGUAACCUGGAGGCCUUGAGAGACCUUAAUGUAAGAAGAAAUCACUUAGUACAUUUACCUGAAGAGCUGGCAGAGUUGCCUUUGAUACGGUUAGACUUCUCAUGCAAUAAAAUUACCGUAAUUCCUGUUUGUUAUCGGAACCUCAGGCACCUACAGGUGAUCACCCUGGAUAACAAUCCACUACAGUCGCCUCCUGCACAGAUAUGUAUAAAAGGCAAAAUCCACAUAUUUAAAUACCUGAACAUACAGGCUUGUAAGAUUGCUCCAGAUCUGCCAGAUUAUGAUAGGAGACCAUUGGGUUUUGGCUCCUGCCAUGAAGAACUGUACUCAAGUCGCCCUUAUGGAGCCCUUGAUUCAGGCUUCAAUAGUGUGGACAGUGGUGAUAAGAGAUGGUCAGGGAAUGAACCUACAGAUGAAUUUUCAGAUCUGCCUCUUCGCGUAGCAGAGAUUACUAAAGAACAGAGAUUACGAAGAGAAAGCCAGUACCAAGAGGACGGGGGCAGUUUAGUAGUAACAAACGGGGGAGUGGAACAUGAUCUGGAUCAGAUAGACUACAUAGACAGUUGUACCGCAGAGGAAGAAGAGGACGAGGUGAGACAGCCCAAGGUACUGGACGCAGACAGCCUUAGUUCACAGUUCAUGGCGUAUAUUGAACAGCGGCGGAUCUCUCAUGAGGGUUCACCAAUAAAGCCAGUAGCCAUUAGGGAAUUUCAAAAAACAGAAGAUAUGAGAAGAUAUUUACAUCAAAACAGGUUUGAAAAACCAAUUCUGCCUAAAUUGUUUCUAAAUGUGCCACCACGCCAUAUACAGCAAAAAGCAUCACAAAGUCCACAAAAACAGCAACCCCUCUUAGAUAAUGAGUGCUCCUUCCCAUCCAGAAGGUCUCAGCACACUGAUGAUAGUGCCUUGUUAGUGCCGCUGUCAGGGUUGAAUCACGUGGGCUGUGCUGCUACCCUGCCUCAUUCUUCUGCCUUCACACCUCUUAAGGUUGAUGACAGACCUAAUGCUCUAGUAAGUUCAUCUACAACAGAAAAAGUUCAUCAUUCCCCUGCGUAUUCUUUUCCUGCUGCUAUCCAGAGAAAUCAGCCUCAGCGCCCUGAAAGCUUCCUUUUCCGAGCAGGUGUCAGGGCAGAAACAAACAAAGGUCAUGCUUCACCCCUUCCUCCAUCUGCCGUACCUGCCACUGAGUCUAUAGAUUCCAUAACAAGACAGAAUUCAAGACAGAGAGAAGAAGAGCUGGAAUUGAUAGAUCAGUUGCGUAAACAUAUUGAGUACCGGUUGAAAGUAUCUCUGCCUUGUGAUCUCGGAGCAGCUCUAACUGAUGGCGUUGUUCUUUGCCACUUGGCAAAUCAUGUGCGACCUCGAUCUGUCCCAAGCAUUCAUGUUCCUUCACCAGCUGUACCUAAAUUAACAAUGGCGAAAUGCAGGCGAAAUGUGGAGAAUUUCCUAGAAGCUUGUAGAAAAAUUGGUGUACCUCAGGAGCAAUUAUGUUUGCCUCUCCACAUUUUAGAAGAGAAAGGUUUGAGCCAGGUUGCAGCAACGGUCCAGGCUCUCCUGGAACUUGCGCCACCCAAGCAGCAGCAGCACCAGUUAUCUGCUGUUUAAGGAUUCGCAGGACCUUGGGCACUGGCCUGGCCAAAAGAAGGAACAGAACAACGUGGUUGCUGCUGCCAGCUGUCUGCUUAAACAGAGCUCUUAUGUGUUCUCGGAAGGGACUGUUUCCAUGAUUCCUAACAGGAAUAUUUUGCUUCAUUUCUCCAUUUUAGGGGAGGUUAUAUCCAUUUCCAUUGAAUUUUUUACAAAGACACCGUUGGCUUUGUAAAUGAAACUUAUCUCAUUACUGAAAACCCAACACCUAACCUGACUGUGCUUUCUGAGAGAGCAGGCUUAUUUCACAUACCAGAAAGCACGUUGUCUGAGUUAGGCACAAGCGUGCUCUGCUGUUGUUUUUACCUGCUCUCAAGACAGCUAGUCUACUGGUUUCUAAACUCCGUUGUUCAUUAGAAUCUCCUCGAGUAUUUGUUACAUUCAGUAGGUCUGGGGUAAGCCCUAGGAAUCUGCAUUUUCAAUAACCGCUGUACUUUUUUUUUUUUGAGAAGCAGUCCUGCUCUUGUCACCCAGGCUCACUGCAACCUCUGCCU